CUUUUGUGCUCUAAAACUCGUCCUCUGCCGGGCCGUGUGAGCAGCUGCACCAUGGUGUCCGUGAAGUGGGCUUCCUCAGUCCUGCUGCUGCAACUCUGCUGUGCUGGCUGUGGCUUCUGUGGGAAGGUGCUGGUGUGGCCUUGUGACAUGAGCCACUGGCUUAACAUCAAGGUCAUUCUAGAGGCACUCGCAGAGCGGGGCCAUGAGGUAACAGUGCUCACUCAUCCACAUACUCUUCUCAUUGAUCACUGGAACCCCUCUGCCCUGAAGUUCGAGAUGGUCGAUGUGCCAUUUGACAAAGAGAAUGCUGAGAAGAAAAAUGCAGAAUUUCAGAACCUGGCUCUUAAUGUCUCACCACUGCUGUCACCCUGGAAAUCAGUAAUAAAACUGAGUGACUUCUUUAGCGGACUGAAUGACGAUUUUAAACUUUUCUGUGAGAGUGUCAUCUACAACCAGACACUCAUGAAGAAGCUGCAGGAAACCAACUAUGAUGUAAUGCUUAUCGACCCUGUGACACCCUGUGGGGAGCUGGUGGCUGAGCUGCUUGCAGUUCCCUUUGUAAUCACCCUUAGGGUUUCCAUAGGAGGCAAUAUGGAGAGGAACUGUGGGAAACUUCCAUCUCCACCUUCGUAUGUCCCUGUGACUAUGGUGGGACUAACAGACAAGAUGACUUUUCUGGAAAGAGUGAAAAAUGCAAUGCUUUUGGUUGUCUUUAACUUCUGGAUUCAAGACGGUGACUUUCACUUUUGGAGACAGUUUUAUAGUGAAGCAUUAGGAAGACCCACCACAUUAUGUGAAACUCUGGCAAAAGCUGAAAUUUGGUUAAUCCGAACAUAUUGGGAUUUUGAAUUUCCUCGUCCAUACUUACCUAAUAUUGAAUUUGUUGGAGGGCUGCAUUGCAAACCUGCCAAACCUUUGCCUAAGGAAAUGGAAGAGUUUGUCCAGAGCUCAGGUGAAGAUGGCAUCGUGGUGUUUUCUCUGGGUUCUGUAAUUGAUAAUUUACCUGAAGAAAAGGGUGACCUCAUUGCUUCUGCCCUGGCUCAGAUUCCACAGAAGGUUUUAUGGAAAUUCAAAGGCAAGAAACCAGCUACAUUAGGUGCAAAUACUCAAGUCUAUGAUUGGAUACCCCAGAAUGAUCUUCUUGGUCAUCCCAAAACCAAAGCUUUCAUCACACAUGGUGGAAUUAAUGGAAUCUAUGAAGCAAUUUACCAUGGUGUCCCCAUGGUAGGCGUUCCCUUGUUUGGCGAUCAGCCUGACAACAUUGCUCACAUGAGAGCCAAAGGAGCGGCUGUAGAGUUGAGCCUGCACACAAUGACAAGUGCAGACUUGCUCAGUGCCUUAAAGACAGUGAUCAACGACCCUUCCUACAAAGAGAACGCCAUGAAGUUAUCGAGGAUUCACCACGAUCAGCCCAUGAAGCCCCUGGACCGGGCAGUCUUCUGGGUCGAGUUUGUCAUGCGCCACAAGGGAGCCAAGCACCUUCGGCCAGCAGUCCAUGACCUCAGCUGGUUCCAGGCCCACUCUUUGGAUGUGAUCGGGUUCCUGCUGGCUUGUGUGGCAGCUGUUAUAAUCUUUGUCACAAAAUGCUUGUUGUUUUGCUGCCAACAGUUUGGAAAGACAGGAAAGAAGAAAAAGAAGGAAUAGGUCCCUUCAAGUUUAGGCAAAGUGCUGAAUAGGACAAACUUGUUCAUUCCAGGGUUCAGGGAGAACACAUCUGCUACCUGUUUUCCUAUUCCCCAUUCCUCAAUCUUUCCCUAGAAUUUAACGAAUCAUUAAGCACUGAGUGUGUCUCGUUUUCAUCUCUCCUUCCCAGUUAUUUUUCCCUCCUGUUUUCACUUUACUGACAACAGAGAUACUAACAACUGAAGCGAGACAUAACAAUGCUUUUCUUUCACAUCAAGUCCUUCUCACCACCAUCAAUUUAACAAUUUUAUCGCCAUAUCCCUGUAUUAUAUAUAAAACUAGUAACCAUGCUGAUAUUCUCUUGGCAGUCCAUCCAAGUUGCUGCAAUUAGUAGGAUUUUGUUAUUUUUACAGAUGAAUAAGAUUACUAUAUAUGUGUAUAUAUAAAAUCAUAUUUUCUUAACCUAUUUAUAUUUUGUUGGGCACCUUAGUGAGUCCAUAUUUUGACCAUUGUUAAUUGUGAUGCAAUACAUAAAAGAGAACAAUUUUAAAUUAAUAUAAAAUUAUGCACUUUCAGCAUCCAGAGGAACAAAAAGAAAUCAAACCCCAAAUUAUUAGAAGGAACCAGUAAUAAAGACUAAAAAAAAGUUUAUAAUAUAAACAAAGACAAAAAUCAGUGAAAUGAAGAGUUGGUUUUGUGAGAAGAUGAGCAAACACAAAAACAUGAGGUAAAAUAAAAAAGGAAAAAUAUUAUGUGAACAGAUAAAGUUAGAGGUAAAAUAGUGGCAUUGCAAUUAGCACAGAAAUACAGAGCAUCAUAAGAAACUGAUAUGAACAAUUAUACACAAAGAAAUUGGACAACUUCAAAACAAUUGACAAGUCCCUGGGCACAGAUAAUAUACCUAAAUCAAGUCAAGGAAAAAUAGAAACAUCCAAACGGACCAAUAAUGACCAAUGAGGUUGAAGCAGCAAGUGCAGAUCUUCAAACAAAAAAGAUCCAGAACUGAUGGCUUAAUCUCUGAAAUCACUUAAAGGAGAACCAAUUCUAAUUAUUCUUAAGUUAUACCAACAAAAUCAAAAAGAAUAGACAUUUGACAAAUAUAAUCAGAAGGGCACUAUUACUCAGAUACCAAAGCCAGACAAAAACAGAGCAAAAGUAAAGUAAGGACCAAUAAUCCUGACAAAAUUUGUUUUUAUAUUCAAAUAGCUAUUUCAAUGUUACAUCAAUUCUUUAUAGAUUUAGUAGGUAGCCAAUUAGUGCAACAGUUUUCUAAACAAAAAAUUAAAUACAUACAGCUAAUUGUAAAGAAACUUUAAAAAAUAUGAUGGAACAAAUGGGAAUAAUGAUGAACUGAAAGAAAUGUAAAAUAUUUGAAUAAUAUAUGUAAAAUUUCUAAAAUAUAUUUUUGUGAGUGAUAUAAUUUAUUAUUUUUAUAAUUCCUUUAAAAUUUUUAUGAGAUAUAAUUUAUAUUCCAUAAAACUCACCUAAAUGCAAUCCAAUAUAUUUAGCAUGUUUACAACAUUAUGAAUUUGUCAUGAUAAUCUAAUUUUAGGACAUUUUCAUCAUCCAAAAAUGAAAUGUCAUACCCCUUGGAAGUCACUCCCUAUGCUCUCUCACCUGCAGAAACUACUAAUAUAUACAUAUAUGCUUGUUCUGGAAAUUUAUUUAAAUGGAAUUGCACAUUAUAUUGCUUUUUAAAAAAGAUUUAUUCUACUUAUUUGAAAGACAGUUACAGAGAGAGGUAGAGAUAGAGGUCUUCCAUUUGCUGGUUCACUCUCCAAAUGGCCACAAUGGCUGGAGCUGUGCCGAUCUGAAGCCAGGAGCCAGGGAGUUCUUUUUUCUUUUUUUACUUUUUUUUUUUUAACUUUUAUUUAAUGAAUAUAAAUUUCCAAAGUACAGCUUAUGGAUUACAAUGGCUUCCCCCCCCCAUAAUUUCCCUCCCAUUCGCAACCCUCCCCUUUCCCUCUCCCUCCCCCCUUCCAUUCACAUCAAGAUUCAUUUUCAAUUCUCUUUAUAUACAGAAUAUCAGUUUAGCAUACAUUAAGUAAAGAUUUCAACAGUUUGCACCCACAUAGAAACACAAAGUGAAAAAUACUGUUUGAGUACUAGUUAUAGCAUUAAGUCACAAUGUACAGCACAUUAAGGACAGAGAUCCUACAUGAGGAGUAAGUGCACAGUGACUCCUGUUGUUGACUUAACAAAUUGACACUCUUGUUUAUGGCAUCAGUAAUCACCCUAGGCUCUUGUCAUGAGUCGCCAAGGCUAUGCAAGCCUUUUGAUUCUUCUGGGUCUCUCACAUGGGUGCGGGUGCCCAAGGACUUGGGCCACCCUCUGUUGCUUUCCAAGAUGCAUUAGCAGGGAGCUAGAUUGGAAGUGGAGCAGACGGGCAUGAACCAGUGCCCAUGUGGGAUGAUGGCAUAGCAGAUCAUGGCUUUAACCCAUUGUGCCACAGUGCCAGCCUCUAUGUUGUCUUUAACAACUGGUUUGUCUAAGCACAAUAUUUUUUGAGUGCCUCCACAUUGCAGUACAUAUGAGUACUACUUUUCAUUCAUUUUUAAUUUUGGAUAACAUGCUGUGUUAUGAAUACACUAUAUUUCACUAAUUAUUUAAUCAGUUAAUGAGCAUUUUGCUUUACUACCCAUUCUUGCUAUGAUGAGUAAUGAUGUCCCAAAGAUUGAUAUACACACUAGUGCAUAAAUAUGUUUUUAUUUGUUUUGGGGAUGAUAUUAAAGAAUCAUACAGUAAAUUCCUGUAUAUAAAGAACUGCCAAACUGUUUUUCAAUGUCCUUGUACAUUUGCAGUCACUUUUACAUUCACACUGGCAAUAGUUGAUGGUUUUAAGUUGUCUGAUUGACAACACUUGCAAUCGUUUGUUACAGGGUGUGAAAUGGUACCUAAUUGUAGUCUCAAUUUGCAUUUCUCUUAUUGAUAAAUUGUUGAGCUUCUUUCAUCUACUUGUUAGUCAACUGUAUAUAUUUUUAAAGGAAAUGUCUAAUCAAAAUCCUUAUCAUUUUUAGUUGGUUCAGUAGGAGAAUUAAUAGAUAUACAUUUCAAGUUAUUACUGAUUGUUAAUGAUUGAUCCCAGGAUUUUCCCUUAAAUACUGCUUUGUUGUUGUUUUUGUUGUUGUUUUCAGUAUCCUUUUAUCUUUUACUAGCAGAGCUUCUGCCUUAAUAUUAUUUUUUCAAGAUGUUGAUUAUCUUUCCCUUUCUCUGUGAGGUACAGUCUUAAGUAUCAUUUGUAAGGCUGGCUGGGUGGUGAAAAAUUCUUUUAUUUUGGCUUGUCUUGGAAGGUCUUUAUUUUACCUUCUUUUUAAAAAGAUUUAUUUAUUUAUUUAUUAGUUAUUUAUUUAUUUUGAAAGUCAAAGUUACAGAAGGAACAAGAGCUAGAGAGUGAGAUCUUCCAUCUGCUCGUCUAUUCCCCAGAUGGAAGCAAUGGCCAGGGUUGAUCAAGGCCAAAGCCAGGAAACAGCUUGAUCACUAGUAGCAGGGGCCCAAACACUUGGGACAUCUUCUGCUGAUUUUCACAGGCCACUAACAGGGAACCGGACUGGAGGUGAAGCUACCAGGUCUCAAAUUAGAAUCAUAUGGGAUGCUGGCAUGGCAGGAAGUGGCUUUACCUGCUAUGCCACAAUCACAGCCCCCAAUUUACUGUUUUAUUAAUGACAGCUUCACUGGGUAAAGUAUUCAGGGUUGGCAGGGAUUAUUUUUUUGUUGUUAUUAUUGUUUGUUUUUCUUUUAGGAUCUGGAUUAUAUCUUUUCAUUCUCUCUUGGCUUUUAGGAUUUCUGUUGAGAAAUCUGCUAUCAGUCUGAUGUAAAUUCCUCUCAAGUGAUAAGGACAUUUCCCACUUGCAAAUUUUAGAAUGCUCUCUUUAUGUUUUAGAUUUAGUAAUUUGACUUAAUGUGUUAUGGUGAAUGCAUUUUUUGAUUGUGCCUAUUUGGGGAUCUAUGAGCUUCCUGUAUUAGGAUAUAUGUAUUUUUCUUCAAAAUGGAGAAAUUUUGUGAGCCAUUUUUAAUCCAUACCUUUAAGAACUCCUAAGAGUAAGUAAUUGUCUUUUGAUGGUACCUCAUAUAUUUUGACCACCAUUUAUGUUUCUCCUCCCCCUCCUCCUUCUUCUCCCCUUCUUUCCUCCUCCUCCUCCUUCUUCUCUUUCUUACUCCCUCUUCCACUUACCCUUUCCUUCCUCUACUUCCUUCUCCCCCUUGUCCUCUUCCUUCUCCUCUUCCUCUACACUCCCCAGGUAGCUGUAAUGGCCAAGGUUGAGGCAGGCCAAAAGCAGGAGCUUCAUCUGAGUCUCCCAUGUACGUGGCAGGGGCCUAAACACUUCCACCAUCUUCUGCUGCUUUUUUCAGGCCAUUAACAACAGGGUACUGAAUCAGAAGUGGAGCAGCCAGUACAUGAGCCAGUGCCAAUAUGGAAUGCCAGCAUUGAAAGCAGUUGGUUUAUGUGCUACAUCACAACACCGGCCCCUCCAUUGUAUUUUUUUAUUUGAGUUUUCAAAUACUUCACGACUAAUAUUUGUUUUUUCUUCAAUAUCUCAAUCUCUUUGCAGAAAUUCUCAUAUGUGUCAUGUAUAGAUUUCCUUAAUUUGUUUAACUAUCUCUAUUAGUGAGUAACUUUACAAUUAUUCUUUUGAAUUCCUUUUUAACUGUUUUGUUAAUCUCUCCUCUGCAAAACUGAAUAUUAAUGGAUUGUGUUCAUUUUGGGGAGGAAUAUUGCCUUUGCUGCUCCUGUUGGUUGUGUUUCUACAUUGAUUUAUAUGCAUCUUGAAUUACUUGUUAGUAUUUUCUCUAUGUGAUUUUUUUCUUUUAAUUUUUUUAAUAGAAGCUUUAUUCUUGGAAGUGUGCCUGUAUUACUCAAUGGAAGUCCUGAGGCUUACACUUGAGUUCCAGGAGUGUAUGCUUGUAGGGGCCAGGGAACUUGGCAUACCUUUUUUGGAUGGGGCAUGAGUCCAGGGUUACAUACAAGUUGGGCAUGGUGAAGCACCUCUGGCUGUUGUCAGUACGAAUAAUGGAUGUUGAAGCUGGCUCUGCAUUCACAGACCCAGCCCUUCUCUGUGCCAAUGUGAAGCAGCUGAUCCACAGCCUAGAGUAAGCUCAUGGUGCCUGCACACCCUACCCACCCAUAUGUGCUCCAUCUACAAAGCACCAAACCAUAGUGCAUCCGUUCAACUCCAUGAAUUGUCUUAUAAAAGUAAGAAAUGUCUUUAGGACUUCCACAUUGAGACAAAUUACAAUCAUAGAAUCUUGAACUCAAUCAUCACAUACCAUAGUCUUCAAUAAGAUUAAUGCACAUUUCUCACAUAAACUGUGGAGACAAGAGAGCAUUGGGAAUGACACAAAGUGAUGAAAGAACAAGACUGUCCAUAGUUAUAGCUCCACUACAACUAUCUAGCAAGUCUAAAUGAGGACAUUUCCAGGUAAACAAACACUGAGGAUUUUCAAUUCUAACAGCUCGAACAUAAAUCAAAUUCAAAGGAAACUCUUCACAUUGAAAGAAUACGAGACAUUAUGAGUUGCAGCAGACAUGUAUUACUUAGCUAUGAAAAGGAAUGACAGGGCAGGUGUUUGGUAGUGGUUCACGCUCUGCUUGCAUGCCCACAUUCCAUAUUGGAGUGCUGCUUCCAACCAGCUUCCUGCUAAUGCACAGCUUAGGAGGCAGAAUGUUUUGACUCAAGUACUUGCAUCCCUGUAACCCAUGACCCCAGUGGAGUUCUAGGCUCGUGGAUUUGGCCUGACCCAGCACUGACUGCUGUGAGCAUUUGGGGAAUGCACUAGCAGAUGGAAGACAUCUCUCUCUUACUCUCUCUCUCUGAGUAAAAUAUGAAACUUGGUAGUUCAACAAGUGAAAAGUGCAGCAGAAUGUUCUUUUCAGAAGAAUUUGCGCACAAAAAUGUGCAGUGUAUGUAAGCAAAGUCAGGUAAAAGAGAAAAUUGGUAGUAGUGAGGUUAAAGGAAUGGACAGUGUCUUCAGGAAGGGCUUUUUAAGAACCUUGAGGAUUUGGACUUCAUCCUGAUGACAGUAGAAGGUGUGCAGGAGAUGUUACCAUGUUUGUUAUCAUUGUCAGAUUUGUAUUGGGUAAAAUGAUUCCUGUCAUAGUAUAGAGAAAUAUUAGAAACAGAAAUACCAAGCAGAAGCCAAUACGAGAACUAAGGCUAGAGUGAACAAUGCUCUAGAUGAAAUUGCAGAUGUAAGAUCAGAUCAGAGUGAAGGACUUCAAGAAGAUGAAUGUGAAGCUGUCAUCAGGAUGCACAUUGAAUUGUGGGAAACACAUAGUAAAGAAUGAGAGCAAGGUGCUCAUAUGGUCUGAUACUCCUAGGUACAAUUGUGGUAGAGCCACAUAAGGGUGUCCUACUCAGAACACAGUCAACCUCUUCUUCACUGUGGUGCCUCUGUCUUAGGUCUUUACCUGGAAUGAGAGAGUCACAAUGAAGAAGACUCACAGCACUUUUUGGUUCAUGGGCAAACACUAUCUUCUAUUCGCACUUAAAAAAACCUGUUUAUAAAGAGAUUAUUUGCACUUUCGUUCCUUAUUAGUAUGAAUUGCUUGAGGCUUAUGAAUUGAAAGUGAAACCAAAUUUCCAAAUGUGUAUGUUUUCUUCACUUUUGUAUCAUUAAAAUUGUCCUGUUUUGCUUCUGAAGAAA